UGAAGCAAAUGCUAUAUUUAGAUAAUGUGAGUCGUUGCAUGUUCCGCCUUUAUAGUGAUAAGGGAAGUUAAAGGAUAUCACUUUAAAAUAUUGCCUUGACAAAAUGGCAACCGAAAUAAUUAUAAAAAAUCUCAGAAGUGUUUUAGAUAGUCGGAAAAAAACUGUUUUGGUGUUAAGAAAUAUUUACAAGGAAUGCCAAAAAGCUGGCAAAAAAUAUAACACAGCAAACAUUUUUACAAGAGUUUUAUCUAUUGCGGCUGGAACGGCUUCAGUUGGACUUGCCAUCGCGACGCCUUUUACUGCUGGGCUUACCGGUGCGCCUGCCGUAGUACUUGCUGGUGUAUCUGCUGCUAGUUCUGCUGCGUCACUCGGGACAUCAUUUGCCCAAACUAUCAGCGAAAAUGGCUUGAUGAAACAAGUGCAUGCGGCUCUGGAAGAAGACCGUAGGGCAUCUGCGCGACUUGAAAAUGCUCUGAGGGCAAUCCUUGAGAUUCAGUCAUUAGCGUUGGACACUACAAAGUUUGCAGCAAGCUUAGCGAAACUUGGAAUUCAUACACUGAAUAAAAGCGCAGAUAUUCUGAAAGCGUCUGGUAAGUCAAUGAAGAUUGUUGAUUCCGUAACGGAUGCCGCCCAACUCUUUGGAAAAGCCGGUAAGGCCCUAACCACAGUCAGUAAAGUUGUUUCGGCUGUUUCGAUUCCCGUUGAUAUCAUGCUGCUCAUUGUCGACCUGAAGGAUUGCGCUAAUGAAAAUUAUUCGGAAGCAGCAGCAAAAAUCAAGAAUGCUAUCGAGGAAUUGAUGCAAAUGAUAGCAGUAAUGCAAGACUUCCUUGCAGAACUAGAAGGUUGAGAAGAAAAUACAGAUAAAUGGCUACAUGCGUGAAACGGAUGUUAGAUACGUACAAUAUACCAUCCGUCAUUGGUUCAUUGCAUAUACAGUGCAGUUUAAAAAUCUUAUGAAUUAAAAUUAUUCAAGCAUUAAAAUUGGUUGACUAGGCAAGCUUGAAAGAGAAUAUUAACCGGUGCAUAUAUUCUGAUAAACAGAUAUUCCUCAAAUGCUGUAUUUAAAUAUAUAAGACAUUUCAAUGUACGUAUAUGAUACAUUGUUUCUGCAAAACAACGCCGCAUUAUUUUUGAUUCUGUCGUUGUUUAGUUUAUUAUAUAACUUCCUUUUGAUGGCUACAUCAACUACGUUGAUAUAUAAACCGCGCAUUUAUUAGACUAAAGGAUAAGUGUUUCUUUCAUUAAAAGAAAGCAAUAGAUUUCACCGAGGUAGCACCACAAACUGUAUUUUACGAGCAGCUAUGACAUGCGUGAACUAUUUCCUUUUAGUGUUCAUGAGGUGAAUCAUAAUCUAAUCUUAUACUGAAGUAUAUCAUAUAUACAUUUUUCAUGUUUUUCAUGCGUGUAUUUAAUAAAAAUGUAUAACUAUUGAUAAUUGAUUAGGAAAUCACUCCUAAAAUAAUCCAAAUGCAUAAAAGGAGUCAUUCCAUUUUAUUUUUUCUUCUCUGUAUUUGUGCGUUUACGUCGUCACAUUUCAGUACAAAUGAACUACAUGUACUUGAUAUUGCUCUAUAGUAUUAAUUUUCCAACCGCGAUGUUCGUGAAAUACAAUAUUUCGUUUUAACAAUUAAAUCAAUCCGUUAUAUUGUAUAUUGUUUAUUUGUAUUAGUCUUGUUUUAUCUGUAAUAAAUUUAUGGAUUGUUAUUUAGAUAACUACUGUAUAUUAUAAUGUGACUUUAGAAUUAUUUUAUAUUAAAAUAAAUGUUG